GGCUUGGAUUAAAAUGGGAAGCAUUAAACAAAAUAUAUGAGACUGCCUCACUUAUUUGGUAUAAUUUGGGCCAUACUGAAUCAUCAUGUUUAAAAUCACCAAUUAAGUGGUGGAAAAAAAAUUUUGAAGAUGAAGAUAUCGAAGAAGAUAAUAAUUUACAAAAAACAUUAUCUACCAAUUUAAGCAUUUCUCAAGUUAUUGAUUUGUCAUUACUAGCAUUUUUAGCUACAAAUAAUAUUUUGUUUGAAUCCACUACAAAUAGAUUAGCAUUUUAUGAAAGAGAUUGUGAUUUAGACAAUAUGGAUUAUGAUCCAAUUAAUUUAGCACAACAAAUAGUAAAUGAAGAAAAUAGUGAAAUAAGCAAUGAUAGUUACAAUUGA